AUGGACUUUGAAACAUUCAAAAAGAGCUAUUUCCCUCAACUAUUUCAUGUUAAAGAUGACAAUUAAUCUGAAGAUGAGCAUGAUGAUCUUCAAAAGCUCAAGCAGGGAGUUAGCUAGAACACUGAUUAAGAAUAGUCUCUAUUUAAUAAACUUACCAAACUAGAAACCAUGAUAAAAGACAAAUUUGCAAAUAAUUGGGUCAGUGUGAGGAAAGCAUUCCUUGACUUGGACACUGAUUAUGAUGGCUUUGUAACUGUAGAAGACAUUUUAAGAUACUUUGGGAAUGAAGGCACUAAAAAAGAAUUUGACUUUAGGGAUUUAAAAAAAUUAAUUGUUGAUAAAGAUUCCAAAAGACUUGGAAAAAUAAGCUACGCUGAUUUUAGUAAAUGGAUGGGAGGAGUUAUUCAUCAGAGUGAAGGGUUUUACUUCAGACAUGAUUCUAUGAAAAAUCCCUAAUAUGAAAAGAAUCUCAAGAACUAUGAAGAAAAGAUAAUGAGAAAUAACUAGAAGAUAAUGAAAGAGCAACUUGAUGAAAUGGAUAUUGAGCACACUGUUAUUGAAAAGAUCAAGUUUCAAUGGAAAACCUUGAAGAAGGCUUUUAUAGAUUUAAAUCAAGAAAAAACUGGCGCUAUUAAGCCUGCUGAACUUAAAAUUUAUCUGCAUCAUUGGGGCCUGUAUAUUAAUGAUGAGUAAUUUAAAAAGCUCUUUGAUAAGUUUGAUCACGAUAAAGAUGGUAAAAUUUCAUAUGAAGACUUCUAAAAUACUGUUGGAAUGGAGAUUAAUCCAAUGGAAUUUUUGUAUUUCAGAUAAGAUAAUCCUAGAGCUCCGAAACAGCAAACUUGCAGACACGAUAAAUGCUGGGAAAGUCCAAUAGGUUUUUCAGAUUAUUGUCAGACUCAUGUUAAAAUGUUUAAGGAAAGAGGACUUCAAAUUCUUACUGGAUUAACUGAAAAAAUUCCAGAUUGGAAGACAUUCAUUAAAAGAAUCAGACAAAAUGUUUAGAAGGAUGAUGCAAAUAUCAUUAAAUUCACAACCUUUAUAAAAGUUCUAGAAGAUUACGAUGUGAAAUUGAAUGAAAGAGAGAAGGAAUUAAUUAUGCAAUCUUUCGUUGCUAAUUAAGACAGAGAUAAUAUACUCAUAAAUGUAAGUAGGCUGUUUUCAAUUAGGCUAACCAAUAAAAUAAGGAAAAUAUAUGAUAAGGUAGACAUGUAUGAAGAAAUGGAUAAUCCAGAUUUGGUUGAUAAUAGUGGCUACUUUGGUAUUUUCUACAGGGAGAAAGUUAACUUAAAAGACAUAAAUGAGAAUUAAUUUGUUGAUGUCAUUUCCAGAAAUAAUAAACUAGUUGGAAUAAUGAAAAACAUUAAGGAAAUAGAUAAAGACAACAAUGGGUAUGUCACAAAUUAAGAGCUAGAUGACAUAUUUAAGAUGCAUUAUGAAAGGGAACUUGGAGAUAAGGAUAUAAAAAAGUUAUUCAAGCCAUUUGCAAGCAUUUAAAACCGAAUUCUUAUUGAUUAUAAAAAGCUUAGAGAUCAUAUACUUGCAAAGUUAAAAGAUAGAGAUGAUAAGGGAGAACAGGUACUGCCUACUUAAAUUACUCUUGAUAAAAGAUCUGAAUCAUUCAAAAGUUCUUUGGGAAGGUCAAUCAUGAAGCAAAGAUUAUCAACUGAGAGAAAGCCCAUUUUAAGAAUCGAGGAUCAGAGUGCUAACUAUAUCUAAAGAGAGAGACCGAAUAAAAAUACUUUAAACAAUAUAGACUAUGCAAGUAAUCCAACUCUUAAGACUCCAGAGAAAUACGGUAAAAAUAUUAAUGGUAGUUUAUUUCAAAACAAUUCUCAAAUAAUGGGGUUCACUCCAAUGAUUAAAGACAGGAUUAAGACACCUUCUUUAAUGUAGAAAAAUCAGAAUAUGUCUGCUAAUUUUAAAAAUCAUCAGAACCUCAAUAAAAGCUUAAUAAAUGACCCUACAUAAAUCACAAGUAGUCUGACUAAAAAUGCUUAAGUUAGGACGAAGCUAGCUUAUGAAUGGAAAAAUAUUUACAGAGGACUGAGUCUUUAGGAUCAAUAGAAUAGCGGCAAAAUUAACAAAAGAUUAUUUGAAAAAACUGUGCAUCAGAAUGGAGUUUAUCUAUCUAAAGAGGAGCUAAUUAAUAUUUACUCAAGAUUUAGUAUUUCAGAAAACGAUAUUGACUAUGCAUAAAUGUCAAAAGACAUGGGUCUGUAAUCUAAUUCACUAAACCUUGUUUCUCAAACCCACAAAUACCUGAGCUAGAUCCAUCAGUAUGGAUAGAAUAUUCAAAAUUAGCAUUCAUAAAUGAGGCCGUAGUCAACUAACACUCAGAUCUCAAACUUAAAAUCAGUUUAAGACACAAAAUCUGUUUUGAAUUUCAAUACAAAGCCAUAGUAUCUCAAUAAUUCAAACACACAUAUAGAAGAGACGAAGAGUGUUUCUAGAUCAGUAAUUAAUAAUGAUGUGCAUCAGCGCAGACAUAGUUAGUAGUCUCAGAGAUCUUAUAGAACUAAUUCUGUCAUGGGAAAUGAUUCUAGAAAUAUCACUAAGAUUCUCAAUAAAAAUCUUGACUAGAUUAAAUACAUGCUCAAAUCCUCUGAUGUCAACAGAAAGGGCUAUUUGAGUGAGUAAUAAAUGAUGAACUUGAUGAAGAAUUUCAACAUUGCAUUGACAUCUUAUGGCAAAUUUAAGAAGACUGGCACUGAUGAAGUUGACUAUAUUAAGUUCCUCAAACACUAUUUGUGA